CGCCGCGUGCGAAGCUCUUGCCGCGUUGGCGUUGAAGACGGAGGCGCGCUGCAGGCUCGGUGGAGCCACACAAGAUAACUCGCAUUACCGAUUCACGCAAGAUGUCUCGCUUUGCCUUCGCCGGCGAUGGCGCCUACCCCGGCGACGGCGGUCGUGAGCUGCAGCGGCUCUGGAUGCUCGGAACUUGGCGGCCGCUAAAGCAAUGCGACGGUCGCUACGUGAGCCGGAACGUGGAGUGGUCGGCGCUGGCGCUGCGAGAGCUCUGCGAGUCAGUGGGAGUGACUGCAGCGGGCCACGUUGUCACAUGCCGCGAGGCGGGCCCGCGUGACGACGAGGUGCAGUGCGUGCGCCUCCGUGGCGGCGGCGGCCUCCUCACCUACGCAAAAGAGGCGGACGGCGGCGUUGCGCGACACGUACACACGCUCAACACGGAGAGCGGUCUCGCCCGGAAGCUGCUCGCGCUCGGCGGCGGUGCGGAUGGCAGGCUGGUCCGCGCGCUGUCGGACGCGAGGGCGGCGCACCUCUUCUCCUCGCUUUGCCGCCUCCUCGAGCGAGUCGAAGAGCCCGCCCGGACACAAGCGGCGCCGCCUCUCGCCACGGCGCUGCGCCUCGCAGCGGCGCGGGUGGGAGCGCAUAGCGCCGGUUGUCCCGCUCCAGCGGCUCCUGCUCCAGAUACAUCUGCUGCCGCGGCACCUGCUGCGCCCCUCCUUCGGCUGAGCCUCGUGGGGGCGCACGGCGUGCUGCCCUCCAAGUGCAGAAAGUGCGACGUCGACACGGUCGUGCUCGUGGCGCCGACUCAUGCGGCGAUAUCGGAGGUGGCCGUGCGCAAGCUGCGCCUCAAGUGCAAGGAGCGUGGCCGAGUCCUCCUCACCCUCAAGAAGGGCAGCGGUGCCCUAGCCGCCGGCGCGGUGCUGCCGCGGGAGGAGGCGGACCUGCACGCGUGGGGCCUCCGCAACGACGCGGUCGUCGCCGUGAGCGUGGCUGACGCGGGACCACCACCACGGAGACAGUCACAAAGUGAGAAGUGAGUGAGUGUAGUAGUCCGUGCUUCUUAAACAGAUGGUCGUCGUUUUCUUUUUUCAGAGUCGGAGAGUGUU